GUGGAUGUCUUAGUGGCGCCAGUUCUUGCUCAGCGACCGGGAGAAGUGCUGCCUGCAUGUGAAUGAAUUCAGGGCUGCGGUGAUAGAAAAGCAGUCUAAACCUAACAUAUAACUGCAUUUUUAGUCGGUUUCAACUCAACGUUAUUAUAAGAGUCUCAUUUCGCCCGACGCUCAACGCUACAGACAUGGCUCGUAAGGAUUACGCGGCAGAGAAAGAGAAGUGCAAAAGGUUCCUGCAGGAGUUUUAUACAGAGGAUGACAAUGGGAAGAAGGUGUUUAAAUACGGAGCACAGCUGGUGGCCUUGGCCCACCGGGACCAGGUGUCUCUCUUUAUUGAGCUGGACGAUGUGGCCGAGGAAGACCCUGAGCUGGUGGAGAGCGUCUGCGAGAACGCCAACCGCUACACGGGUCUGUUCUCUGACGCCGUCCACGAACUGCUGCCGGAAUACAAAGAGCGAGAUGUGGUGGCCAAAGACUCUCUGGAUGUUUAUAUAGAGCACAGGUUGAUGAUGGAACAAAGGGGUCGGGACCCUGCUGACACCAGAGACCCCCGUAACCAGUACCCACCUGAGCUCAUGAGGAGAUUUGAGCUCUACUUCAAAGCUCCCAGCACCUCUAAGCCCAAGGUGGUACGUGACAUACGGGCUGACAACAUCGGUCACCUAGUCGCAGUUCGAGGCAUCGUGACCCGGGCCACGGAGGUGAAACCAAUGAUGGCUGUGGCAACGUACACGUGUGACCAGUGUGGUGCCGAGACUUACCAACCAAUUCAGUCUCCAUCCUUCAUGCCACUAAUCAUGUGUCCAAGCCAAGAGUGUGUCACCAACAAGUCUGGAGGUCGGCUUUACCUGCAGACCAGGGGCUCCAAAUUUGUCAAAUUCCAGGAACUGCGAAUCCAAGAGCAUAGUGACCAGGUUCCUGUUGGUAAUAUUCCUAGAAGCAUGACGGUGUACGCACGUGGUGAAAACACGCGUCUUGCUCAGCCUGGAGACCAUGUAGCCAUCACAGGGAUCUUUCUCCCUCUCCUGCGUACAGGCUUCCGUCAGGCUGCGCAGGGGCUUCUGUCAGAAACCUACCUUGAAGCUCACAGCAUCACGCUCAUGAACAAAACCGAAGAUGACGAGCUCGGUAACGACGAGCUGACCGAGGAGGAGCUACGCAGCAUCACAGAGGAAGGAUUUUACGAGAAGCUCGCUGGCUCGAUUGCACCAGAGAUCUAUGGACACGAGGACGUGAAGAAGGCUCUGCUGCUCCUGCUAGUUGGAGGGGUGGAACAAGCUCCAAAAGGCAUGAAAAUCAGAGGCAACAUAAAUAUCUGCUUGAUGGGAGAUCCAGGAGUUGCCAAGUCCCAGCUGUUGUCCUACAUCGACCGGCUGGCUCCUAGAAGUCAGUAUACAACAGGUCGGGGGUCAUCGGGUGUCGGUUUAACCGCUGCUGUGAUGAAGGACCCUCUGACUGGGGAAAUGACUCUGGAGGGAGGCGCCUUGGUGCUGGCUGACCAGGGCGUCUGCUGCAUUGACGAGUUUGACAAGAUGGCAGACGCUGACCGUACAGCGAUCCAUGAGGUUAUGGAACAGCAGACCAUCUCCAUUGCUAAGGCCGGCAUCAUGACUUCCCUCAACGCCCGCUGUUCCAUCCUGGCCGCUGCAAACCCUGCCUACGGCCGCUACAACCCCCGGAAGAGCAUCGAGCAGAACAUUCAGUUGCCGGCCGCUCUGCUGUCGCGUUUCGAUUUGCUCUGGCUCAUGCAGGACAAACCCGAUGCGGACGCUGACCUGCGUCUGGCGCAACACAUCACAUACGUCCACCAGCAUUCCCGCCAGCCACCUACUCACUUCACACCCAUCGACAUGAAACUCAUGAGACGUUACAUAGCUCUGUGUAAGAAGCGUCAGCCAGUCGUGCCGGAGUCUCUGGCGGAUUACAUCACUGCUGCUUACGUAGAAAUGAGAAAAGAGGCUCGGGUUGGCAAAGACACCACCUUCACCUCGGCCCGUACCCUCCUCUCCAUCCUCCGCCUCUCCACUGCGCUGGCCCGACUUCGGAUGAUGGACACUGUGGAGAAAGAGGAUGUCAACGAGGCAAUGAGGCUGAUGGAGAUGUCAAAGGAUUCUCUACAAGCUGACAAGUCCAGCACCACCAGGACCCAGCGUCCAUCAGACGUCAUCUUCUCCAUGUUGCGUGAGCUCGCCACAGAGGGCGCUGCGGGCCACGGUGGAGCCGGCGGCGUGGUCCGCAUGGCCGAAGCAGAGCAGCGCUGCGUCUCUCGCGGCUACACUCCCGCUCAGUUCCAGGAGGCGCUGGAGGAGUACGAGGAGCUGAACGUGUGGCAGAUCAACCAGGCCCGCACCAGGAUCACCUUCGUCUGAACCAUCCCGGACACGCCUCCUACAGACUCGGAUCAGCUCUUUGCGUUUCCUCCAUCUGCAUUUUGUAACCCAAGUCAGGCAGAACGUGGACUUCCUCUUACGCCUGACUGUUUGGAGAGAAUUUUUGCUCUUGUUGACCCAUUGCUUUUUAUGUUCAAGAAACCUGUUGUUAAACUGCAUGUAAAUAUGUAUGUCAGACCAUAGUAUAGUGUAUCCACAGUUUAUAGUUGAAAGCACAAUGAGAAUUUCUGUACAUUUUAUACUUUAAUGCAAGUGAAAUUAAUGUUGCAGCUUGUAUUUGAGGAGUUAUAAUAAAUGUUUCAGGACUAUACAUGUUUGACUUUAUGCACAUGGAAAAUAAAAUGCCAAUCAUUGGUGUAGCAAUCA